UCUCCUCUCUCUCUCUCUCUCUCUCCUCUUCCACAGUCAUUUCUCCUUCCUUGAAGAGUAACAACAACUGGGAUUGCUUUCAAACAGCACAAAUAUUGAAAUCAAUCAUUUAAACUCACCAACUUUUCCUCUCUCAUAGAGAGAAAAUUUAAGCCAAAACCCAAAAUUCCCUUCAACCCUAGCUUACAACUACACAAACAAAAAAUACCCUUUUUUUUUCCCUUCCUUUCUCUCUAGUUUUUGGUUUUGGAGAUGACCUUUGAGGAGUCCCUAAGAUCUCUCUCCCUGGAUUACCUUAAUCUUCUCAUCAAUGGGCAGGCCUUCAGUGACGUCACCUUCAGCGUCGAGGGGCGGCUCGUCCACGCGCACCGCUGCAUCCUCGCCGCCCGCAGCCUCUUCUUUCGGAAGUUCUUCUGCGGUUCCGAGGCCGGGGCGGGGGGCUGCGGUGCUGUCGUUGAUUCCCGCUCUCCUACCUCCACGGGAUCGAAUUCUCGCGGCGGUGGAGGUGGGGCGCCGCAGGGAGUGAUCCCUGUGAACAGCGUGGGGUAUGAGGUGUUUCUUUUGCUGCUUCAGUUCCUGUACAGUGGCCAAGUUUCGAUUUUGCCGCAGAAGCACGAGCCGCGCCCCAAUUGCGGGGAGAGGGGUUGCUGGCACACGCAUUGCUCCUCCGCCGUCGAUCUCGCCCUUGAUACUCUCGCUGCCGCUAGAUCCUUUGGUGUCGAGCAGCUCGCAUUGCUCACUCAGAAGCAACUUGUAAGCAUGGUAGAGAAAGCUUCAAUUGAAGAUGUAAUGAAAGUUCUAAUUGCUUCAAGAAAGCAAGACAUGCACCAGCUAUGGACUACUUGUUCCCAUUUGGUGGCAAAGUCUGGCCUCCCAACAGAAGUUCUAGCAAAGCACAUCCCCCUCGACGUAGUUGCGAAAAUCGAGGAGCUUCGGCUCAAAUCCUCCCUCGCUCGCCGAUCGCUGAUGCCCCAUCACCACCACCAUCACCACCACCUCCAGCUCAGUGCCGCGGCCGACCUGGAGGAGCAGAAGAUCCGCCGUAUGAGAAGGGCAUUGGACUCCUCCGACGUCGAGCUCGUCAAGCUCAUGGUCAUGGGCGAAGGCCUGAACCUCGACGAGGCAUUGGCAUUGCACUACGCGGUCGAGAACUGCAGUCGAGAAGUCGUCAAGGCCCUGCUCGAGCUUGGAGCCGCCGAUGUCAACUACCCUGCCGGACCAGCCGGGAAAACCCCUCUCCACAUUGCGUCGGAGAUGGUCUCCGCCGACAUGGUGGCCGUGCUCCUCGACCACCACGCCGACCCCACAAUCCGAACCGUCGACGGCGUGACGCCGCUCGACAUACUCAGAACCCUAACUUCAGAUUUCCUCUUCAAAGGAGCUGUCCCAGGGAUGACCCACAUUGAACCAAACAAGCUGAGGCUUUGUUUGGAGCUGGUUCAGUCAGCUGCACUUGUUAUAUCAAGAGAACAAGGCAACAACAACAAUAACAAUAGCAACGCAAAUGCUUCAUCUUCCACUCCAAUUUAUCCACCAAUGAGUGAAGAUCACAGCAGCAGCAGCAAUGGCAGCAAUGUUGGAAAUCUGAACCUUGACACAAGACUGGUUUAUCUUAAUCUUGGAGCAAAUUCUGGUUCAGCUCAAAUCGGGGCAGAAGGGGGAGAUCAUAGACAUGCCUCCCAUGGAGGAACUGACCCAACAAUGUACCACCAUUCUCAUGACUUCUAAACUCCCUCUCUCUCAAUUUUAUUCUAUAUAUCUCUUCUUUCUAUUUACCCAAAAUUAUAUAU